UAUCACAAGUGCGAAAUUAUAUAUGAUAUACUUGGAUAUUAUUUCAACUUUCUUCUUGAAUGCACGUUUAUACUAUAGUGGUAUUCUAUUCAGCUGUGACAUUUGAUUUUCAAUAUUUUUUCCUUUAACAAUCGAUCGAGCAAAUCGUUAUAUUACAGUAACAUAAUAUGCCAAUAAUCACAGAGAUAAUAUAUAUCUACAUGUAUUUGUUGUUAAGUAGAAAUAUCGGUUUUAUAUAGCACAUGCUAACGGCAGAACUCUUGAGCAACAAAAUGGUGAGGAAAACGUUAAGAAAAUCGAAGCUGAUCGAUAAUCAACGGUACGCCUCGAUGAAAGAUAAAUGAUCGACUAACAAGCUUUUAAUAUUUAUAUCCCGUUAUUGUGUGACAACAUUACAGAAGAGAAUCCGUCUCAAUGAAUGGAGCAUAUUGUAAUAAUUAUGUUUUGUCACCACCACAUUUGACUGAUGACAUAGAAACCAAAGAUUGUUGAUGAAGGGGAGGUAGACUCGUUACUUAAUGGAGUUCGAUACGACGAAUAACCACAUGUAAACAAUCACAACAUAUCAAUUCGUUUUCAUUCAUUGACAUUUGGGAUUUAACGACAGAAAUUGUAAAUAUAACUGUACUACAGAUUUAAGUACUGUUGUAUGUGGGAAUAUUCACAAUGUAAGCAAUCUGUUGUAACUUGUCACUUUAUAUUUAUUAUGAGGAAAUAUAUGUGGAGUCUGUGUAGUAAAGACUGAGCCUGAAUAUUCCAUCAAGAUGACAAACACUACUGCGAUAGAUGACUGUCUGUCAGAAAGGAGAUGGUACAUUUUCUUACUUUCCAGUCUCGUUACAUUUUUAGCGGGAAUUGUUGUUAUUGCUGUAUACCGUCUAAUAUUGUGGAUAUGUUGUCACAAAAGGAAAAAAAUACCUCAAGCAAAAGUGGCAAAUCAUACAGGACCGUUACCUAUUCCUGAGAAGAGGAAAGGCUCCCAAACAGUCAGUGGGGCUGGAGGAGGUACUAUUUUCUUAAAGACCCCAGACCCAGAAAUAGGAUGGAUGACAGAAGCAAAAGACUGGGCUGGCGAGCUUAUUUCUGGCCAAACAAUGACCGGAAGAAUCUUGGUUGGUCUGGUGUUUCUUCUGAGUAUAGCAUCCCUUAUGAUCUAUUUUAUAGAUGCAUCAACGGAGGAAGUAGAAAACUGUGACCCAUGGGCAGACAGUCCUUCCCAGCAAGUAGACCUUGCUUUCAACGUAUUUUUCAUGAUAUAUUUUUUCAUCCGAUUUGUUGCAGCAAACGACAAGCUACUGUUUUGGUUAGAAAUAUUUUCUUUUGUGGAUUAUUUCACCAUUCCUCCAUCAUUUGUUGCCAUCUAUUUAGACAGAAACUGGCUAGGUUUAAGAUUUUUGAGAGCUUUAAGACUAAUGUCUAUCCCCGACAUUCUGACGUACCUAAACAUGUUACAGACCAGUACUAUGAUCCGUCUGUGUCAAAUGUUGACCUACUUCAUCAGUCUAUGGCUGGCGUCAGGAGGCUUCUUACAUUUAGUUGAAAAUUCUGGUGAUCCAUGGAGAAACUUUGAAAAUGCUAAAAGUCUGAGUUAUUGGGAAUGUUUAUACUUUUUAUUGGUUACCAUGUCAACCGUUGGAUAUGGUGAUAUAAGUGCUAAGACAGAUAUUGGUCGAAUCUUUAUUGUCCUCUUCAUAAUGAUAAGUAUUGGUAUGUUUGCCAGUUUUGUUCCUGAAUUACUGGAAAUAUUUGGUAGAAGACAGGUUUAUGGGGGAUCAUAUAAAAAAGAAAGAGGCAAAAAGCACAUUGUAGUCUGUGGUCAUAUAACAUUUGAUUCGGUCUCAAAUUUUCUCAAUGAUUUCCUACACAAAGACAGAGAAGAUGUGGAUGUUGAAAUAGUCUUUGUUCACAAAAUGCUGCCAGAUCUAGAAUUAGAAGGUUUAUUAAAGAGACACUUCACACAAGUAGAAUUUUUCCAGGGAACAGUGAUGGACGCCAAUGAUCUAGAAAGAGUAAAGAUCCAGUCAGCUGAUGCCUGUUUAGUUCUAGCCAAUAAAUACUGUACAGACCCCGACCAGGAGGAUGCUGCUAAUAUAAUGAGGGUGAUAUCCAUCAAAAACUUCCAUGCUGAUAUCAAGGUUAUUGUACAGUUAAUGCAGUAUCAUAAUAAGGCUUAUCUCCUGAAUAUUCCCAGCUGGGACUGGAAAAGAGGAGAUGAUGCCGUCUGUGUGGCUGAACUGAAGCUAGGGUUUAUAGCUCAAAGUUGUUUGGCUCCAGGAUUCUCUACCCUAAUGGCAAAUCUCUUCACUAUGAGGUCUGAUAAAACUAAUAUGGAGUUACCAGAUUGGCAGAAAGACUAUUUGAGAGGAACAGCCAUGGAGAUGUACACAGAAUAUCUAUCUAGUUCCUUUAAUGGUAUGACAUUCCCAGAAGCUGCUGAAUUAUGUUUUUCCAAAUUAGAAUUACUAUUACUGGCUAUUGAAGUACGUACAGAAGAUGGAAGGGAGAGCACUCUAGCUAUCAAUCCUGGAUCCAAAAUCAAAAUAGAAAAUGCUACACAGGGAUUCUUCAUUGCUGAAUCUGCUGAAGAAGUUAAAAGAGCCUUUUAUUAUUGUCAAGCCUGUCAUGGAGCUCUGAAAGAAGCUAGGGCCAUCAAGAAAUGUAGAUGUAGACCAUUGGCUUUAUUCAAGAAAGGAGCGACAGCUGUUAUAGGGACCCAGGCUUUGUUAAGAACUGCUGCAAAUCCAAUGAUAAAUAAAGAAAAUAAAGAAAGAAGAACAUCAACAAAAGCUAAUGCUGCUGUCAACGCUGGUCCAGAUGAGUUUGACGAAAGCGAGGACAAAAUAUCAAAUGUUUUCUCCUUUCCUUUUGCUAAAGGGAAAAGUACUGCUUCCAUGAAAGGUCCCAGAUUAGCAAUUUUUUAUGACUUAGGGCCUACUAGCCCAAGUAAACAACAUUUACCUCCCUUGGAGAAAGAACCUGUAGAUACAUCCAAUGAUCAGAGUGUAGCUCCAGGAGAAGAACCAAGGAAGUUUGAUUCAACUGGCAUGUUCCACUGGUGUCCCUCACGUCCUUUAGAAACAGCUGUUAUGGACCGUGACAAAGCAUCCAUGACAGUGCUAUGUAACCAUGUUGUUGUGUGUUUAUUUGCUGAUGACAGUUCUCCAUUAGUUGGUUUACGUAAUCAGGUGAUGCCACUUAGGGCAAGCAAUUUCCACUACAAAGAACUGAAACAUGUUGUGAUAGUUGGCAAUCAGGAAUAUUUGAAACGAGAAUGGAAAACACUUCAAAACUUUCCAAAAUUAUCUAUUUUACCUGGUUCUCCAUUGAACCGUGCCAAUCUGCGUGCAGUGAAUGUAAACCUCUGUGAUAUGUGUGUUAUAAUAUCUGCUAAGGACAAGAACUUAGAUGAUCCACAUUUAGUGGACAAGGAAGCCAUUUUAUGUUCAUUAAACAUUAAAGCAAUGACAUUCGAUGAUAGCAUAGGUUUAUUACAAGCUUCUGCUCAAGGAGUAGGAGCGGGAGGUUUUCUUCCUCCAGGGUUUUCACCUAUAGGCAGUCCAGCAAAACAAUCACGGAGGGGUUCAGUGUGUGGUUCAAAUGUUCCUUUAAUUACUGAAUUAGCCAAUGAUUCCAACGUCCAGUUUUUAGAUCAGGAUGAUGAAGAUGACCCUGACACACCUCUAUAUAUGACACAACCAUUUGCCUGUGGUACUGCAUUUGCUGUUAGUGUACUGGAUUCAUUGAUGAGUACUAGUUAUUUUAAUGACAAUGCUUUAACAUUGAUACGAACACUGGUAACAGGAGGAGCUACACCUGAGUUAGAACAGAUCCUUGCUGAGGGGGCUGGAAUGAGAGGAGGCUACUGUACUCCUAGUGUGUUAGCCAAUAGGGAUCGAUGCAGAGUUGCUCAGCUAUCACUUUUUGAAGGACCACUCUCAGGGUUUGGGGAAGAGGGUAGUUAUGGAGACUUGUUCCUUUAUGCACUUAAGAAGUUAGGAAUACUUUGUAUAGGUUUGUACAGAUUCCGUGACACAAAUGAAGUACAGACCAGUCCAUCAUCAAAGAGAUAUGUCAUAACCAAUCCAAAUGCUUCUUUUAAACUGUACUCAACAGACCAGGUUUUCUGUCUAGUACCAUGCAAUUUUUCACAAAGUUCAAAGUCUACUCUCAACGAGAAAAGUGUUUUGUCUGCUUCCUUUCAACAAGCCAGUGACAGGAAAGGAAAUGAGUCCACGAGCUGAGGAGAAUACAGCCUGAUGAUGUCUUUCACCGAUCAACGAUCAUAGCAAAUUGUGUCAAAUUAGUAAAAAAACUGUGAUUAUUUUUUUCAAGAAGGAAAGAAGCUAGUGUUAUCCAAUCUUAUAUGUGAUGGAAGUCUGAAGACGAAGGACAUGAUGAUUCAAUAUCUUUAUUUUUAUAGUGUUUGGUCUUCAGUUAGAUUACAGUAAAAUCAAGUAACUUUCA